GGAGGUUGGGUAGGAAGGGUCAGAGUUUGCGGAGCCGUAGGGAAUGGACGGCUUGAUUGUUCUCCACGGUGGCACCGCAGAGCGCACGCCGUUGGAUUAGAUGGAAAUCGGACGGACGUGAAAAAAAGUAGUGCGUGGAGGGUGGAUCUGGUCCGUUGGUUGUGGCGGAGGAGUGGAUAUAGGGAGUGAUGAGCGAAAGGAGGAUAUAGAGAAGGGCGCAAGUGCGGAGAGGAAAGCGGAAGAGGGAGAGGAGGUGGAUUGGAAGAUCAGGAGAGUGAAAAGAGGGGGGAGAUCUGAGUGCUAAAUACGCAAAUUUCGCUGAGAUUUCGGUGCGAUUUGGUAGGCCGGUGAGGUUUGGAGGCGGAAUUUUCUUUUUUUUCAACGGAAUUUCGUCGGCGAUUGUGUGGGGAUUUGUUGUUUCCGGAGGGGGAGUGGAGGUUGUGGAUAAGAUAAAGGUAGUCGGGGUGUGAUUUUUUUUUGAUGAGCGGUUUAUCGGACUGAUGGAUAGGAUUCGUGAUGGGAGAAGAGGAUCCAUGGCUGCGGUGAACGGGAGCUUGUCGAGAAGAAGGCAGAGGAGCAGUAGCUUGAGAGAUUCACCCGAGGAAGAUGGAGCGAUGGAGAUGCAGGAGACGUCACGGCUUAGGGAACGAGGAGGCAAGAAAGAUAGAGAUCGUGACAGAUCUGGUCGGAACAAGAGGAGAAGGGGGGAAAGGAUGAUGCAUGGAAGCCACAGAGAGGAAGGAGAGGAUAGCUCAGAGGAAAGUGUUGAUGAGGAUGACGAAGAUGAGGAGGAGGACUCUUCGGUGGCUGUUCGUCUGCAACCGCCUCAAGCUCAGAAUCCAGCUCCAGCAUCCUCGGGGAUGCAGAGUCACAAUAUCCGGAAAGGUUAUCCGGUUAAACCGGUAAGACCGCCGGGGACUUGCACUUGGAAAGUCGCAGAGGAGAUGAUAGGAGCUCCAAUACCGCGCAAAGCUCGGUCAUCAUCUGUGAAAAGGUCACAAGAAUGUUGGGUUUCUGGUGGAGGCGGCAGUUGCGGUGGUGGAGGAGAUCAGGUUCCUUGUCAAGCAUCGAUCUCUCCAGCGAGACGAAGUCCUUCAUCCACUGCUCCACUUUCACCUUCGUCUUCUAAUGCUUCAAUCCGAAAGAGGAUGAAGCCGAUCACUGUACCGAAGCCCAGGCUACCGAAAACGUCGAAGUCUUCUUCUAUCCAGGAAAUUGAAAUUGAGGUUGCAGAGGUCUUGUUUGGAAUGACAAGGCAGGUUCCUUCAAAGCAAGAAGAUCACAGACACGAUCCCAAGGAAUCCAAUGGAUCCGGAAACGAAGUUAAAUCUAGGGUUUCUUCGCCAAACCCGAUUUCUCCUCCUGCAACCUCUCAACCUUCCACCAUGCGGCCUUCUAAUCCGAGCAUCAACUCAUUUCCGUUGACCGCAACAGCGCCUAAGAGGAAGCGGCCUCGGACGAGGAUUGAAGAUGAAAGCCCAACUAGCCCGCCAAGUUCCACUGCUUUACCAACAACAUCUAGUUCUUCCGCUGCCAAGUUGGACACAGAAGUGUUGCUACCACCUGUAGGGACCAAAACUGAUUCCGCUUCUCCUAGAUCAGAGAAAAACGCAUCUCCUGCUGUUGAAAAUGGAUGUUUCUCUAGCGAUCAAGCAGUUUCUAAUGCUCCUUCCGCUAUAGUUUUUUCGGCUAAGGUUAACCAAGAUUCAGUAAAGGCUGAAAGUAUCCCGGAUCUGAAGGAUACUGAUAGCCGGUCAGAGAAGAAGGCCAAGGAGGAGGCCUCCACGCAAAAAGACUCUCCUGCUGCAAAUUUGGAUGCUAACAUUGAAGAAACCCCUGCAAGCAAAGCUUCUAUGAUUUCUGAUGCCCAACGAGAAGAGAAGUUUAGUAUCGAUUUGAUGGCUCCUCCUGGGAAAUUAUCUCCGGAGAUUGAAAGCAACUCAGACUAUGUUGGAGAGUGCAAGCCCGUGGAGACGGAGAAUGCACCCAAACCUGAGUUUUCCAAAGCUGAAGGGGAGGAGAUUGAGAAAAAAUCGAAGUCCGAAGCCGAGGAACUUGCUCACGACGAUAAAAAUGGUGGAAAGCCAUCCACUGAUGACUCUGAUUCAAGGAAGCCGGCCGGCAAGGAGAGGAAACUUGAUUUGCAACUCGAUUUAGAGAAGCUUGACAAGGACGUUGCAGGUGCCAUUAAGCAUCAAGGCCAAAAGCAGCAAUCUAAAGCUUCAAGAACUGAACCCAAGACCGAGAAAGCUGGUUCGACGGCAUCCAUGCCCAUGCCGAUGCAGAUCACAGGUUGGGCUGGUGGUUUUCCUCCUUUUGGGUUCAUGGGUCAAGUUCCUCCCAUACCACCUGUUGUUCCUGUGGAUGGGACGUCCGGUUCCUCCAAGCUGAGCUUCCAUCCUUCACAACUCCGGCCAAAGCGUUGUGCAGCGCAUUGCUAUAUUGCACAGAACAUUUAUUAUCAUCAGCAGAUUACAAGAUUAAAUCCAUUCUGGCCUUCAGCAGCUGGUGCAGCUCCGUUGUUUGCAUCAAAACAAUACAAUCUCAAUACUGCACCACCUUCAGAUUCAGCAAUUCUUCGCAGUCCAUUACAGGGUAGCUUCUCUGGGAAGAGCCUGGGUCCUGUACAAGAGAAAUGUUUACCAGCAUCCGCUGCAAAGGAUAAGAGUAAUGUGGCUACUCAAUUCAUGGAUGUUUCACAGAGAAAGCCACCUGUACUACCACAGCCCUCACAGCCUGGAUCAGCAGGCAACAUGCUUGCUCCUGCUUUCAUUUUCCCUCUGAAUCAACAGCAGGCUGCUGCUGCUGGAGCUGCCGCGGGCGCUGGAGCUGCUGCUGCCGCCAAUCGAUCUGUUGUUGCAAAGUUGACACCAGGCUCUGGCAACACAGCUCAAUCAUCCGGCAGUGCAGGUUAUGCUGCGGUAGGAGCUUCUGGAGCUAAUGGAUCAGGGACUUCCAUGAGUUUUAACUACCCUGGUUUGGCACCAAACGACGCUCAGUAUCUUGCUUUUCUGCAAAACAAUACCUACUCAUUUCCUAUUCCAGCUCAUGUCGGUGGAGCUCAACCUUGCAGAGGGGCAAGUCCUGCUCAGGCCAUGCCAUUUUUCAAUUUGUCAUUUUACCCUUCCCAGAUGCUUCACCCGUCCCAGCUCCGGUUACAACAGCAGCCACCAUCCUCACAGCAGCCUCCUCCAUAUCCUCAGCAGGGACAUCAAAAUCCAAGUACGUCCAGCGGCUCAUCUUCCUCCCAGAAGAAUACUCAACAAUCCCAGAGAGUUCCUGCAGCUGCUCCAAGUGCUAUUACUGCAGGGAAUUCCCAUGGCUUUCCUCCUUCCAACAAGCAGCAACACAUUUCUCAUUCUCAUCAGGUUCGGCAGUUGGAACCUGAACCUGGAGGUGAGGAUGCCCCAUCAACAGCUGACAGCAGGGUUUCUCAAACCCACAAGAACAUCUACGCUCAAAAAUUUGCCAUGCCCGCUCAUUCUCAGAACUUUGCCCUGAUUGCUCCUGCCGCUGCUUUGAGCAGUGGUGUUGGGAAUCACAGCGAGAAGCACCAGCAGCAGCAAUCACAAAACCAGGUUAUGAAAGUUGAUCUCACGCCAUCUCAGGCUUUUGCCAUGUCUUUUGCUACCUAUGGAGGAGCUGCUGCUGCUUCUGCUGCCGCCGCUGGAGCUCCUCAUGGUUUGGACUUCUCGUCAAUGGCACAAAAUCAUGCCAUUUUCCAGAGUCUUCCAGAAACAGUACGCCAUGGUUACCAGGUUUCAGCAGCAGCUGCUGCGGCACAUUCUUCUCAUCAACAGCAGCAGCAGCAGAAUAAGAAACCUGAAGAUGGGAAAUCCCCCAAUGAUAUGGGGAAUGCCAGCACAGUUAGCGAGGAUGGAAAGAUCUCUGGGACCAAGGUAUUGGGGAAUGCCCAGCAACAUUCUCACACUUUUUCUCGUGCUGACACCGACUCUCCGAUUUCUUCCAUUCUUACCAAUACUGUGAUUGAUAGUUCUUCCCGAACAUUGAAUCUUAUUCAGCCGCCUCCCAGCGCUCCUCCUCGCAUCUCAAGCCGACCUGCUAGCGCUGCACCUGCUACAUCCAAUUCUCUAACAAACUCUUCAAAUUCUCAGCAUCUGCUAUCCCAGCAGCAUCAGCAGCAGGUUCUUCAGCUUCCAAAGCAGGUCCAGCAACUUCAGCUGCAGCAGCAGCUUCAACAGCAUCAGCAGAGAGCAAAGUCCGCCUCUUCUCACAGCAGUGCUAGCCUCUACACUGACCGCCUGUCGGGAAACUCAACUCCAUCAAAGUUCCCUCAACCUCUCGCUGGCUUCCCUCCAACUCUCAUCCAAAACAGCGCUUCUUCCCAGCCCACUCAAUGGAAGGCCUCAACCCGAGCAGUUAAUCCAUCUUCCGCUGCUGGUCUUGCUUCAGCCACCCCCUCAUCAUCAACCUCUGUGAAGACUCAAAUCCCUCAAGUGCGAAGCCAGCAGCCAUCACCCCAUCAAACCCACCAAAUCUCUUUUGGCGUCAGCCCUGCCAAGGUUCCCGGACAAUCAAGCCAACACCUUGCCACCCCAGGCAACAGCACCACUGCAUCAUUGUCUUCUCCCGCAACCAUAGCAGUCGGAUCUCCUCAAAAUUCAGUGUCCAAAAGCUCCAGCGGGAGUCCUCAUUCUUCUGCCAUUGCAAAAUCUGUACCACCUUCUCCAGUCAUACCUGUGCUGCCUUUCCAGAAGCAACAACCAGGUAAGAACUCCUCAUCAAGCUCCACCAUUUCUCCCUUACCUGUAACCAAUCGAAACUUGCCGUCCAUCCUUGGAAACCCCCAUAUGACCUCUCCUCAAAACCUUGGUUCUAAGGCACAGACCUCCUCCCAACACUUUCAGCAGUCACAGAUGCCCAAACAGCACUCCCCACAAGCUCAGACUGCCCAAUUAUUCUUCUCCUACCCUUACAUGCAAUCUCAAACAUCCCAUUCUGAUGCUGCGGCGGCCGCUGCCGCCGCCCGGCUGCCGCCGGCAGCUACUUCCAGCAGCACCAUCGCCGCCCAUCUGACCAGCAACGGCAGAAUUCAGCUCCUGCUUCCACGGGGAUGCUCUCCCUUGGGCCUUCUUCACUAUCACUUGCUGCUGCGGCAGAUCCAUCCAAGGGAGCGGGAGCGGGAGGAGGAGGAACAACCACCACCAACACCAACUCAAAGAAUCUAAUGCCUACAAGCCUCCUGCAACACCCAUCACAAUUCACCACCAUCUCCCAACCUGGUUCGGGUGCUACUGCCGCCACCGCUCCGCAUCCUCUAA